CACAGGCCUACUGCUGCCGGCUGCGUGCAGAGCAGCGUCGCCUGGAAAAGGUCAGCAGCGCCCUUGUCGAGGGCAUCGACAAUCUAGUGACAACCAUCGAGGGAAAUACUCCCUGGCAGGCAGCCUGGCGAUGGGGAAAGGAGACUGACCGGCCAGCACUGAGCGACCUCCUGGCAAAGGCAGCGGCUGCCAACUGCCCCGUGACUGCCGCCUUCCUGCAUAGGGCAGGAGGGUGGACAGUCUUUAAUGGAGCCUCUGGUGGCACUGCCCUCCACGCUGCCCUGGAGGCUGGCCACAAAGGCAUGGCCGAGCUGCUGAUCAGGGACCUUGGGGGCUGCCCGUACGUGCCGGACACACAUGGUCGCCUUGCGGUGCACAUGAUGCCUCACGAGGAGCAACAGAGGCUGGAGCAGAAGCUCUUUAUGAUGGAGCGUGAAAAACUAAAGAAUAUGGAGCUUCGCUUGAAGGCAGAUCACGAGAAGACCGCAGCACGGACAGCGCUGUGUAUACAGGAGGAUCUCUUUGAGAGCCACAAGAAGGGCGAGGGUAAGAAUGUCUCCUUACCUGAUGGCGACGCUGCCCUGCUGCUGGCCUCGCGCAAAGGUGUCCUGCAGCUGACUCAUCUUAUACUGCAAGAGGGUCACUUCCCCGUGGACCAGGUGCUGGACCACACCUGCGGCACCACCGCCCUCCACCAGGCGGCCUCGCACGGCCAGGACGGCUGCGUGGCGCUGCUGCUGAGCGCUGGCGCCAACCCACAGCAGCGUGACACGUAUGGCCAGACACCCCCUCACCUGGCCGCCAUGUUUGGCCAUAAAAGUACUUUCGAAUUCUUGGCACACCAAGUGACGCAGGACCCUCGUUGCCGCGCGGGCACCACGAGCACACAGGUGAGAGAAAAUUUUAAAGUGUUUCACAAUAUGUAUUAUAAAUAUAAGCGUAAUCUAUUAGACCCAAUCGACCGACGUGACCCGGAAAGCUUCAUAAGAAAUCUUGUGAGAUCCAUAGGCCUGCAAGAGCUGCAGAAGGAGGCUCAGCGGGUGGCUGUGGAUCUAUCAAAGGGCGAGGCCCUUGAGGUAAAGGAGGCGGUGAUGGCAGAAAUAAGCAUCAUCAUGAAUAAGGUGUCAGCCAGUGAUGCCACGUACCGCGGCGACCUGAGGCUGGCGGGCAGUUCUCAGGACGGGUCUAAGCUUUACGCCCCUGACGAAUUUGAUAUAAACCUCGUGAUUCACAAGGAUGACGUAGGAAUAACUGUUAGCGAGAGAGGGAAGGAGGAAGCCCCGCUGAAGGGCAGGUUGCAGAUUUGUGUGAAGACUGACAAUCCCCACCUUGAGGGUAAUAGAUUUAUGGCCAGUUUGUACGAGGAGGUGCACCGGUGUCUCGCUGGCCACACCCUGCAGGACAAAAGACUGAGCCUGGUGCCGCCGGGCCUGACCAGCACGCAAGUGGGCGUGGGACUCUCUCUGGCCUGGCAGGGGCGAGAGUAUCCACUGUUGCUGGUCGGCGUGGACCUGGUGCCAGUGCUUGAGGUGCCAUGGCUGGAGCAAGUUUUCAGACCGUUCCUCACUCCUGAGGACACCACCACCAUGCAGCUCAGUAAUGCUGCUGAUGGAACAUGGCGCUGCAGCUUUGCCUUGACAGAGGCUGAGGUGCUGGGGACGUUGACGCCCGCACAGCGCCAGGUGCAGCUGAUGGGAAAAGUACUUCUUUCCCGCCUUAAGCCCGAGCGCUGGAUGCCUCGGCACAAAAAGAGCUUUUUCAAAUGGUUCGCCACACGGGAGUGGAACAUCGCGGUGCCAAGCGGGUUCUGUUUCAAGAACGCCCUCCUGCGGUGGCUGGAGCACAGGCGGUCGAGGGAGGUAGAGCUUGGGGCUGGACAGGAGGGGGACCCCGCCAGAUGGGUGGUGGAGGUGUUCAGAUUGAUGUGUGCGAACCCAGAAGAGACACGAGAGAACCUGACAACUCAAAACAGCUCCGCCUACUUUGGAGGAGACUGUGAGGGGCGGAAGCCUGGGGACGGGGCGCCCAUCAUCGUGCAGUGCCUGGAGGAGGACCUCUGCCAAGACAACCAGGCGGCGGCGACGAAAGUAUUAGAUGCAGAAGAUGCAGACCAUUGUAAUCAUUAGCUGUGAGCUGCGCCACGCGUCGGAAGACCUCCUACCCCCCCCCACACACACACAGGAACGCCAGUGCUUGGUGCUCGAUUUUCAUAUUCAGUAAUUUAUAUAGCCAAUUAGUUGU